UGUCAGGAGGGGCAGGGGAGGGUCCUGUAUCUCCUAGAGAGUCGGCGCAGGGAUAAUUCCGUGUCCCUAUGGGGCAGGGAGGAAGCCGCCCCCCCACUUCCUGCAGGAAUUCCUCUCCUCAGGGAUUUUGGGGGGCUGCACCAUCCCUGGGGAGAUAUGGGGGGGGACUAUUUCCACCACUACCACCCCCAUAAAAGGGGGGUGGGAGAGAAUUUGGGCAUUUUAACCUCUCCUUCCCCACUUUUAGAGCUCCCUGGAGACAACCCUCCCAAAAAAAAGCAUGGCUGGGGGACUGGAGGAUGCCAAGCCCCGAGCCAGCGGACAGACAGAUGGACGCGGCCACUGCCAUGGCCUGACCUCCCCCCACUUGACGAAGCUCUGACAGGAGAGAAGCAGCAACUUCAUUCCCCCCCCCCAUUCCCCAGGGAUUCCCAGGCAGCUCUGGAAAAGGGGGGGGGAGGGGGGAACCCCAGCGACCCCCCCUCCCCCCUGGAGCGAGCUGCAACCAGGUCCAUGGCGUGGGAGUGAGUGCUGAAGGAUGCUGAAGAAGAGCAGCUUGGUGGUGUGGGGGGCGGUGCUCUUCAUCGCCUGGAACGGCCUCCUCCUCCUCUUCCUCUGGAGCCGCCCGGCCUCCCCUGGUGAAGGCGACCGGCUGACGGCGGAAGUGAUCCGUUUGGCUCAAGAUGCUGAAACCGAACUGGAACGGCAAAAAGAACUCCUGCGCCAAAUCCACCGUUACAGCGGGUUGUGGGGGGCAGCGGCGCGGGGUUCGUCACCCCCAACCCUCCCCCCCCCGCCCUCCCCGGCCCCACCGCAACUCACCGAUCCCGCUGCCACGGUGUUACCCGUCCUGGUGAUGGCUUGUGACCGCAGCACCGUCCGGCGGUGUUUGGAUAAACUCUUACGUUACCGACCUUCGGCGCAACGUUUCCCCGUCAUCGUCAGCCAGGAUUGCGGUCACGCCGAGACGGCUCGUGUCAUCGCCUCCUACGGCGACGCCGUGGCUCAUAUCCGACAACCCGAUCUUAGCGAUAUCCCGGUGCCGGCAGAGCACCGUAAAUUCCAAGGUUAUUAUAAAAUCGCUCGGCAUUACCGUUGGGCGUUAGGACAGGUUUUCCGGACCUUCCGUUACCGCGCCGCCAUCGUGGUGGAGGAUGAUUUAGAAGUUGCUCCGGAUUUUUUCGAGUAUUUCCAGGCGGCGUUCCCGCUGCUGCUCGCCGAUCGCAGCCUCUGGUGCAUCUCUGCGUGGAAUGACAACGGGAAAGAGCAAAUGGUGGACGUUGGACAAGCUGAAUUGCUUUAUCGGACUGAUUUUUUUCCCGGUCUCGGUUGGUUGCUUUUAGCUGAACUUUAUGAACUUGAACCCAAAUGGCCGCGAGCUUUUUGGGACGACUGGAUGCGUCAACCCGAGCAAAGGCGAGAUCGUUCCUGCAUCCGCCCCGAAGUUUCCCGUACGAUGACGUUUGGUCGUAAAGGAGUGAGCCACGGGCAAUUUUUCGAUCAAUAUUUAAAAUUUAUCAAACUUAAUGACCGUUUCGUGCCUUUUACCCAGCUGGAUCUUUCUUACCUCAAAAAGGAAGAGUAUGAACGUUCUUUCCUCCCCAAGGUUUACGCCGCGCCAGAGGUGAGGGUGGAAGAUCUCCAAGGGAACCGGCGGCGGGAGCUGGGCGCCGUCCGCCUGCAGUACGGCGGCCGCGAUUCCUUCAAAGCCUUCGCCAAAGCCCUGGGGCUGAUGGACGACCUCAAAUCCGGUGUCCCUCGCGCUGGUUAUCGCGGCAUUGUCAGCUUCGUCUAUCGGGGACGUCGCGUUUAUCUCGCGCCUCCUUCGGACUGGACGGGUUAUGAUCCCAGCUGGAGUUAGCGGGUGCUGUCGCUCCGCUUGUUGUGGUUUUUUGGGUUUUUUUUGGGGGUGGGUGGGUGUCCCCCUUUUUCAUAACUGUUUGUCUGUUUUGGGUUUUUUUUUUGAUGUGUCUUUAGUGGAGAGGAUUUGGCAUGCAGCAAAGAGCAGCUCGCCUGCCGCUUCUCCGGUGCCGUGAUGGGGGAAAUUCAGGGCAAAGGCAGCUCUGAGUGGAGAAACUAUUUUCCAGAAUAAAAGGCAAAAAACCUCCUAAAAUCUA